AUGUUCUAAUUAGGAAUUAUAUUUGUAAUCCUUUUCAGUUCUGAGAAAACUGAGGUGUAUGAAGGUCUAGGCAUAAUAAGAUACUUCCUCAUGAUUUUCAGAAUUUAAUCUGGUGAUUUUUCCACUGAAAAUUAUAGAUACUAAGGCUCAACUGUUAUGAUUUCCCUUUCAUGGGCAAUUUGGCUUAUUGCAAUGUUGAUCUUGAGCAUUUUAUUUAUGAACUUUACAAUUGCUGUUAUCUCAGAUUCUUAUGAGAAAGUCAUGCAAAAAUUAGUAGCCUAAUCAUUUAAAGUUAAGGCAGAAAUGAUUGUGCAAAGAGAACUGCUUCUGACUCCUCAAAAUGAAGUGGAAAGUAGAUUUUAUUUCCCCGAAUAUAUUGUACUUAGAAGACCAAUUGAGACUAUUAAAGGAGAUUCAGGUGAAUGGAAAGGCUUUAUUAAAGAUUUGAAGUAAACUAUACAAACUUCAGCUUAAAGAUCUAAGAAUGAAGUCAUUCAAAAUGUGAUUCCCCUCUAAAAUAAGAUAGAAUUAUUAGAUAAAAAUACUUCGAAUUAAUAAAACACCUUAGUUGAACUUAAAACAUUUAUACAAACUCACUAUGCUGACAAAGAGGAGAUUAAAAACCUUAAUUCAAAGGUGGAGUCUCUUGCUGUCAAACUCCAAGGAUGUGAAAUUGCAUUAGAACAACUCAAUGCAAAUAUCAUGAAACUUCUUGAGAAAUGA